AUGGGAAAGUCUAAUAUCCGCAAGGCUUUUUCUCGAAAACAGCAGCAACAUGAAGAUAGUGACGCCACAAAAAGACACCCCUCUUCUGAAAGUUCCCCUAGCUCUGUAAAUUCAAACUCACCUGCCUUUUCUUCAGAUUCCUUUCUCAUCCCUCCUGGUCUUUUCUCUUCUAGACCUGGUUCUAAUGAUGCUCGUUCUCGUUCAGUUAGCGCUGCGCUCUCUGGGUCAUUGCAAAACCCUAACAUCCUCACCCUCAAUGAGUUUUUUGCCCCACAACCAGCAAGUAUCCAAGAAAGACCUUCUUCCAAUAUUUCAUCAACAUCCGCAACUUCUAGCACGGCAUCAGAUGCGUUUUUUGGAAAAGAUGCAAUUUAUAGUAAACGAUUUGAAUCAUCAAAUUAUCGCGUGCCUUCGAGCAGCAAUGAAAUAUUUGAAUUUGCCACAGGUUCUUUGGAACAAAAAGAGGGCGAAAUCAAUAAUAAAGCUAUUAGUUUAGUUGAAAGUCAAGAUAGUAUUGAACUCUGGGUGAACGGAAAACAAACAAAAUCUUACCAGAGCAAUACUGGUUCCUUUGUCAUUUACGACCCAAAUUCUGGCCCUCUUUUAUUUGAGAAGCUUUCUAUUUCAUUUCAUCAAAAAUUUGUCAAGUAUUUUGGUUCAGUUUUCGAUUUAAAAAAUAUUGCACAGGCAUUUCCCCAUCUCAAGUGUAUUUAUGGUGCCGAGUCCUGGAAAUCAUGUAUUGUCAUUAAUGGUUUGGUUCCAUACAAGGUUGACCAAGGCAAUAAGCGAGUCAUUCCAUUCCGUGUUUUCUGUAGCCCUCAUAAAUAUCGAUGGUUUCAGAAUAUCAGCGUUUCGGAAAUAUUUUUUAAAAUGCCUCUCUGUCUUUUGGAACCUCUUGUACCUCAUGCACUUUCGUCUAUUUCUCAUGCUUAUCCAUCGCUCCAGAUUAGCCAUUUCUCAUACACUGAUGAUGAUAACUGGCAAAUCGAUGAUUUGAAAGUUUUGCUAGAGGCACUGGAUGACUUUACAUCUAUUGAUAUAGCGAUGAACAUAUCAUUCAAAACUCAGCAUCUCAAAAAUAAUAAUUUGCUACUAAAUCUUCCAACAAAGGAGAAACUCAGGUCUCUUUCUUUAGGCCUAGAUAGAAAGUCGUUCUUGUAUAAGUUUGCUCCUGCUUGCUCAACCCACUUUAAGCUGUCAGAUUUUUAUAAUCUUGAAGAACUAUUUUUUAGACCCAACACCCAAAUUUCCUACAACCAGCACCGCGAGUUUAUGAUGGAUAUAGGAAAAAUGAAAAAAUUAAAUGUUUUUAGUACUUGCCUUGUGGUUAAUUUUGAAAAAAAGCGACUGAGACCAAUAAAUGAAAUAAUUAGCCCUAGGGGUCAAGAGUCAGAACGUGUGAAGUAUACGAAGGAGUCCCAAACUUCAGCACUUUUAAAAAUGGUGGAUAAUUUUAAUUUAAUUAAGCAGAAAUUAUUUGUUUUUAUGGUAUAUCUUGAAUCUGUUGGAAAUAUUGACGCUCAUGACUUUUCCAAUUCGGUUAUAGAUUUGUUUAAUGUUACGCAUUUUUCUUCAGCAAUCAAUGACUCUCCAUCAUCUCCCAUUAUUGAUAGAUUGCGAUUUAGUAAAAAGAUUUUGUCUUUAGAUCUUAAUGGUUGUUCUGUUGGAUACCCAAGACUGCCUGACUCAAUCACAAAACUGUCUCUAAAAAUAUCACCAAGUACUGCUUUAAAUGGUUACAGUCAGUUACUUAAAACCCACUUACCCCAUAUAAAAUCAGUUCGUCUGGUUACCACCAGCUAUUACCGGAAUUUUGAUAUCCGAAGCACUGAAGAAAAUGUUUCAUUUGUAAGAAGUUUGGGUGUUGUUUUACAGAAAAUGUCACAAAGCCACGAUUUGUUGAAACUUGUCAAUGACUGGUUAGAAAAAAAAGUAUUCACACCAGAGUUCAUGCUGUUGAAGAUGUUUGAUAUCUUGCAAAAAAAUAUUUACAGUCACUACUUCCAGGCUAUUUGUGACAUUCUUGUUCAGCCUAGCAAGAACUUGGUGGACUCUUUUAAAGAUUCUUUUGGAAACAAAAUUUUAGAAAAAGAACUUUCUUCUAUUCAAUUUUUCUCUUUUAUUGAGAUUUUUGUUUUGGCUUUGACAAGAUUUAAAGAGCUAGAAUACCUUGAAAUAGACGGUUUUGCUUUUUUUAACACCUCGCCAAGAUUUCAUUCAUAUUUUCUUAGAAACGAAUACCCGGAAAUGAUUCCAAAGAAUCUUAAGCAAAUCAAGUUCACUGGAACUGAUGUUUAUGCUACUGAAUUCACUGACAAGGAAUUCAAAAUGGUUGGCGGAUAUCUUUCUGAACUCCCUAUUUUGUUUCAUGGGUUUCCAAAAAAGUACUUUGCUUUAGGGGAAGCAAUAAAAGGCAAUCCAUGCUUAUUUAUUUUCGAUAUGGAAGUGAAAAAUAAUAAUCUCAUUCCUUGUUCCUUACUAAGAGAAAAAUAUCCGCUAAUGUUUUUCUCCGAAGCAUCUCAUGACAAAUUGUCAGAAAGAAAAGAUAUCCGCAUUGUAUCAAAGAGGAUUACCAGGCUUCCCGAAUCAUUUUUCGAAUGCAGAAAAACUAGCUUAUCUGAACAAGGGUGGGUUUGA